AAAAAAUGUGUGAUGCUUUUGUGGGUACCUGGAAACUUAGCUCCAGUGAAAACUUUGAUGAUUACAUGAAAGAAGUGGGAGUGGGCUUCACCACCAGGAAAGUGGCUGGCAUGGCCAAACCCAACAUGAUCAUCAGUGUAAACGGGGAUGUGAUCACCAUUAAAUCGGAAAGCACCUUUAAAAAUACAGAGAUUUCCUUCAAACUGGGCCAGGAAUUUGAUGAAGUCACUGUGGAUGACAGAAAAGUCAAGAGCAUCAUAACCUUAGAUGGAGGUGUCCUGGUACAGGUACAGAAGUGGGACGGAAAAUCAACUACCAUAAAAAGAAAACGAGUGGAUGAUAAACUGGUGGUAGAAUGUAUCAUGAAAGGCAUCACUUCUACCAGAAUUUAUGAGAGAGCAUAUAAUCCAAGGGACAUCGAGCUGAAGUUUGCAUUGAACUCUACAACAUUCUGUUGGAUGUAUUGUCCAAACAUGUAUUGUUAUUUUCUACUAAUUAGCAAGCAACCGAUUUCCCCCAAAUGAUCUUAUCCAACGUGGAUGUUUGUUAAAUAAAACCUUUUAGAUAUAAAAAAA